UGUUCCCACCUGUCGCCCAGCCUCGUUAUCCUGUGUGUGUAUGUGUAUUUAAGUCCUCAGUCUCCCUCUUGUUGUUGUGAUCUCUCUCUCCAGCUGUGUGUUCUCCCAGUUAGUUUGGUUUCGAGUUCCUCACAGUUUGAGGAACCAGACAGCGAAACUAAAUUACAAAAAUAUUGCUAAGUUACAAAAUACAAAACCCAGUCUUGCCUGCUUCACACAUAUGGCAGAAACAGGAAAUGUGUUUGCAAAGCUGUUGCUAUCUGCACGAAUUCUACUUGGUGUAGUACAAAAAGGGAUGUCACAGAGAAAUCAGGGUUUAUUGUCCUUUUGCUCUCUUUGCUGUUUUUCUUGUCUCCUUUGUGAAUUUUUGAUCGUCUGCUGCACAUAGCCAUGUCAAUUUUCUAUGCCUUUGAAGAUUAUUUCUUUUGGAACAAUGAUUCCUAUAAUUACAACGAAUCCAGUGGAUCAUUCUCUCCAGAUCCAGAUACCUUAAUGUGUGAAUAUGAACCUCUGGAACCUACAGCAGUUGUGAUCCUGUAUGUCAUCUUCACAGUCAUCUCUGUAUUGGCCAUACUCGGAAACCUGCUGGUAGGAUGGGUGAUCAGAACCAGCCAAGAAAUUUUGGCUCCAUCAGAUGUGUACCUGUUCCACCUGACCAUAGCAGAUGGACUGCUGGCUUUAACGCUUCAAUUCUGUGUUGCAGCACUAACUCGAGGAUGGCUCUUAGGAGACUUCCUUUGGAAACUCCUCCACAUCGUCAUGGACGCAAACUUCUACACCAGCAUCAUCUUCCUCACCUGUAUUAGCAUCGAUCGUUACCUUGUGAUUGUGCACGCCAGGGAGACACUCAAGAGUCACCAAAAGAAUUGCAGCAGGAUCCUUUGCACAGUGGUGUGGGUUUUCGGUUGUGCCCUUGCUGUGCCUGCUCUUUUCAUUCACUUUGAUAGCUUUGACAUCGGCAUCUCUACAGCAUGGAGGCUCACGAUUCAGGGGUUCAUUCAUGUUUUUGGCUUUUUGGUCCCUGCGAUUGUCAUGAUCUCCUGCUACAGCAUCACUGUUUCACGGCUGCUGCUCACUCGUGGUUUCCAGAAGCACCGAGCCAUGCGGGUGAUCAUAACCAUCGUGAUUGUGUUUCUGCUCCUCUGGACACCAUACCAGAUAACCAUGGUGAUAGACAUACUGCUGUGGGCUGAUGUGGUGCAGUAUGACUGUGAUAUGAGGAGGUCGUUAAAUACAGCCUUGGUUGCAACCCACUGCCUGGCUCUGCUGCACAGCUGCAUCAACCCUUUCCUCUAUGCCGUUGCAGAAGAGAAACUCAGGAAGAAGAUGAAACUGCUUCUUUAGAGAAAAGACAGAUGGGAAAUUAUGUGACGCUCAAAAUUCAGGAGGUCAACAUGUCAGUAGAUUAAUCUCAAGGUCAUAGUGAUAAUAAUGCUAUUUAAACUAUGUUUCUUACUGCCAUUUUUUGUAAUGAUAACAAAUAACAAAUAUUGAGAAGUAUUAUACGGGGUCUCUAAAUAUGUCACACUUGACCUCUGACCCCACUUUUACAUUUCACAUCUGCCUUUCUUUCAAGUUGACCCCAAAAUCUGUUAUUUUUACUACACUUUAAAUUUUAGAGUAUGUGGUAGAAGAAGAAAGACAACAAAAUGGACAUACACAAAAUACAAUACUAUUUCUCUAAAAGUAAAUGUUGCUCAGGGAGUGAGCUGCCUUGGCUAAAGUUUGGGUUUCCUGAGUGCUUCUUGCUUAUUACUGUCAUCAUCACUAGUUGUAGUUGUACAAACUAUCCAGCAGAUGGCAAUGAAGAACAAGACGUUGUAUAGACAAAUAUGUGACGUUAGAAAAAUGAGAA